AGUGCGAGAUUACACGAGAUUUCACGCGGUAGUGUAUUUUCAGAUUCAAUAUGGCUACAACUACAGCCAAAUUUAACGAUAUAUACGAUCUCAAAGAGGAAUUGGGAAAAGGAGCAUUUUCCAUUGUAAAAAGAUGUGUUCAGAAAACAACAGGUUUAGAAUUUGCUGCAAAAAUAAUCAACACACGCAAACUUUCAGCCAGAGAUCACCAAAAACUAGAACGGGAAGCCAGAAUUUGUAGAGCAUUAAAACAUCCAAACAUAGUUCGAUUGCAUGACAGUAUACAAGAUGAAGGUUUCCAUUAUUUAGUCUUUGACUUGGUUACUGGGGGGGAAUUAUUUGAAGACAUAGUCGCACGGGAAUUUUAUAGUGAAGCCGACGCAAGCCAUUGUAUGCAGCAAAUUUUAGAAAGCGUAAAUUACUGUCACGUCCAUGGAAUAGUACACAGAGAUUUAAAGCCAGAAAAUUUACUGUUAGCAAGUAAAGUAAAAGGAGCUGCUGUCAAAUUGGCUGAUUUUGGUUUAGCAAUAGAAGUUCAGGGAGAUCAGCAGGCAUGGUUUGGAUUUGCUGGGACUCCAGGUUAUUUAUCCCCAGAGGUCAUAAGAAAAGACCCCUAUGGAAAGCCAGUGGAUAUAUGGGCGUGUGGAGUAAUAUUAUACAUUUUAUUGGUGGGUUAUCCUCCUUUCUGGGAUGAAGAUCAACCCCGCCUGUAUGCCCAAAUCAAGGCAGGGGCAUAUGAUUACCCUUCACCAGAAUGGGACACUGUGACACCUGAGGCAAAGAAUUUAAUCAAUAGUAUGCUAACAGUCAACCCUGCAAAACGUAUAAAUGCCACAGAAGCCCUCAAACACCCCUGGAUCUGUCAACGUGAGAGAGUUGCUUCUGUGGUUCAUAGACAGGAGACAGUGGAUUGCCUCAAGAAAUUCAACGCUCGCAGAAAACUCAAGGGAGCCAUUCUCACAACCAUGUUGGCUACGAGAAAUUUUUCAAGUAAUGCCCUUUCGCCUGUGACUAGUCCCGCCGUCUUGGCAGGUCGAAGCCUGAUAGUGAAAAAAAAUGAUGGCAUCAAAGAAUCAACCGAUAGCCAAGCCACCAUUGAUGAUGAAGAUACUAGGGGAAAUUCUAAAAAGAAUUUGAGCCAACCAUUGGGGGCAAUAACUCUUACUGAGCUGCAGAUACAUGAGCAGAGUGGAUGCUCAUCACCCAAGUCAAUGUGUAGAAAACAGGAAAUAAUCAAACUGACCGAGCAGUUGAUUGCCGCCAUCACCAGCGGAAAUUAUGAAGAUUACACGAAGUAUGUGGAUCCCUCAGUGACCUGCUUUGAGACAGAAGCCAUGGGGCAUCUGAUUGUUGGAAUGGAUUUCCACAAGUUUUACUUUGACCAUGUUUUAUCCAAGAACAACAAGCCAUUGAACACCAGCAUACUAAACCCCCAUGUCCACUUGCUUGGGGAGGAUGCAGCUUGUAUAGCCUAUGUAAGGCUCACCCAGUUCAUAGACAGGACUGGGUUACCUGGAACACUGCAUGCAGAGGAGACAAGAGUUUGGCAGAGAAAAGAUGGAAAAUGGCAGAAUGUUCAUCUCCAUCGUUCGGGAAACCCAUCAGUCCCCAACAAAUAGAACACAAAAUUACUAGAGAUUUUUUUCCAAUUGUAUGAUAGAGUGUGUGUGACACUGUUUGGGCAUAUAAGUCCACCAUUUUGUUUUCCCCAUGGCUGAGAUCACCAUAAAGCUUGAAUAUUCCAAGCUGUAUACUGGGGUUACAAGAUCAUACACAACACUGAUUCAGGCAUGGCGAGCCUGAUUCAGAUGCUCAGUUGCAAACGUUUUAGAAUACUUCUUAUGAUUGUUUUGGGAACCAAUAAUGAAAAUUGGUCACAAGUUUUCUGUCGUUUAUGCAUAGUUCUCACUUUGUGAUGUUACCCUUUUCCAUCUUUCCUUUUUUUUUUUUUUUGGUAAUGAUCUUGCAUCUAGAGUUGGGAUGCUACCAAAUUAUUCUUAACUUUUUAAAUUUGGAUUUGGUCUGUAGUCGAUGGUCAAGCUGUGUGUAAGCUUGUUGUUGACACACAAAAACGUGUAAUCAUUCCUAGUGUUGAUAUAAACAAGGUAGAUUGUAGUCUCUCUUAUUUACAGACAGUGGGUUAGUAGAUGCAUGCGGUGUUAAUCACCGAAGAGUUUCUCAAGGUUCAAGUUUCUCAGAGAGUGGUGAAGGGGAAAUCUCUGUUUGAUUAGCCCCUUGGUCCAUCAUAAAUCUGUAUACAUAUCCUAACAAGGCACAGAGGCAUUUUGGUUGAUUAUGGCUGUAAACAUACAGACAGCAUUUAGCUUGCCUUGAUAUUGUGCUUAAACUCUACCACAGUACUUGGGGAGUAUGGUUUAGACUUUUCUGUAGCUUUUAUGCAUAACAAAAACAUGAUAAUAUUUUUAUAU